AUGGUUCGAUCUUAUCUUCGUCAUGGUGGGACCGAGGUCUUCGGUUUAAUUGCGUCCAACUCAUCCAAUUCUUUAUUCGAUGGCAAGCGCGCUUAUGUACCAGCCCUCGAAGAUGUGUUUGUCUGGGAUACCAAACGGGGUGAAAGGAUCGCUAUGUGGCACGCAACUGGUCACACUUCUCCCGUCACCGCCAUUUCCCGGUCUCCCGUCGACCCUAAUCUUUUCGCAGUCGGCUAUCAGGACGGUUCAAUUAGGCUUUGGUCGGGGAAAUCCCAUGACCCCCUUUCCAUUUUCGAAGGACACCGUCGCGCAAUCUCCAUUCUCGCAUGGGACCGUGAUGGAGGCAGGCUUGCUAGUGGCGCAGUAGACGGGGAAGUGGUCAUUUGGGAUCCUGUCGCUGAAACUGGGUUGUUCAAACUACGCGGACACAAUCACCGUAUCACGGGCCUCGUAUUUGUUGCAGUCCCCACUCACAUACCCGAUCCUUCUUCUUCAACAUCAUUGCCAUCCCCCUCUACUCAUCUUCUCACAACCUCUCAAGACACCUAUCUCAAGCUAUGGGAUCUUCAGACUCAACACUCCAUCGAAUCUGUUGUCGCACAUCGGACCGAGAGUUGGUCUCUCACAGUCGUACCUCAUAUACCAUCUGUUCCCCUGGCAGCCGCGGAUAGCGAAGAGUCGAGUGAACCUACCUUGGAUGACCAGCUACUCAUGACAACUGGGGGAGAAGGCGAAGUAAAACUGUGGAUUUUGUCUUCCUUGGUACUUCUCAAGGGCCCGCAACCUUCAGCGAGCGGAGAUGGUCUCCAACGAGCUAUUAUCGGCGCUGGGUCUCUCACUUUGAGCACACAUGCCGCUCCGGGAAAGCGGGUACUGAACGCGAUCGCUCAGAGAUAUUCUCUCCGUGGUGGCAUAAGUGGUAUCGUGAUUGCAUUUCAAGUAGGGGACCGAGACGUUGAAGUUUGGAGGAUACGUACAGUGGAAGAGAUCAAAAAGAAGAAAGCUAGGCGUCGCAAAAGAGAGGCAUCGAAGUCUCAAAAAGCCUCAUCAAAUGUGGCUGAUUUGACAAGUACAGACGACACCAUCACGUGGCUCGAUCGCAUCCAUCCUUGGAUCACGGUCAGGGGUACUAGUCGGAUAUGUUCUUUUGCAUUUGCACCGACAGCCAACCCACUUUUAUUUCGGACGGGGGAAAAACCCAACGAGCUUGAAGUAAUGUUAGCGCUAGGCAACAAUUCUGUAGAAGUUUUCACGAUACCCAAGCCCGUAUCAUCUUCUAAAUCCGGGUCGCUACAGUCCACAUUGCUACACUCUAUCACCUUACCGGGCCACCGAACUGGAAUUCGUGCUGUUUCCAUCUCAUUCAAUGAUCAACUAGUUGCUAGCGGCAGUAAUGGCUCUCUGAAGGUGUGGAACAUUCAGACUCAAAAGUGUAUCCGAACGAUGGAGUGUGGAUAUGCCUUGUGCGUUGCUUGGCUUCCUGACAAUCAACAUAUCUUGGUAGGUACCAAGUGCGGCAAACUCAUGAUCUACGAACUGAGCUCAUCUACACUGAUCGCCACCAUCGAGGCACACACUGGUCCCAUAUGGUCACUUGACCUGAGGCCGGAUUCGAAGGGAUUCGUCACCGGAAGUGGUGAUAAGAGUAUAAAAUUUUGGACAUUUACUAAGAAGACAGCCAAUCCAUCUUCUAGCGCGACUGCUUUUACCGGAGAGCUUAAAACUGUCGAACUAUCAGCUACCUUGUCCAAAACUAUGAAGAUGUCUGAUGACGUCUUGAGUGUACGAUACAGCCCGGAUUCGAAAUUUUUGGCGGUGGCCACCUUGGAUAGUACAGUUAAAGUGUUCUUCCAGGAUACGCUCAAGUUCUUCUUGUCCCUCUACGGCCACAAACUACCCGUCCUGUCGAUGGACAUAUCUUUUGACUCAAAGCUGAUAGUCACUUGUUCGGCGGACAAAAAUGUCAAGAUUUGGGGCUUGGACUUUGGAGAUUGUCACAAGUCUAUCUUUGCACAUGAGGAGAGUGUCAUGCAGGUCAAGUUUGAAAGCCGCUCGCACUACUUUUGGACCGUUGGGAAAGAUAAGAUGGUCAAGUAUUGGGAUGGUGACAAGUUCGAGAACAUCCAAACACUUCAAGGACAUCACGGCGAGAUUUCAGCCCUUGCCGUCAGUCACGAUGGCCAGCUGUUGAUCUCUGGAUCUCAUGAUAAAUCAAUCAGAGUGUGGAUAAAGACAGACGAGCCAUUGUUCCUUGAAGAAGAACGCGAGAAAGAACUCGAACGUCUUUACAGCCUUGAGGAAUCGGAGAAAUUGGAUAUAUCAAUCACACAAUCUAGAAAGCAAGGUGAAGAGGCGGGCGACGAGGAGGUAGAGGCUGUUUCCAAACAAACAACUGAGACGUUGAUGGCAGGGGAGAGAAUAAUCGAGGCGCUCCUGUUGGCCGAUGCCGACUUGGACUUGACCAACCGGUUCAACAUUGCUAAAGAGAACAUGGAUCCUGAAAAAGCUGAGAAGCUUGCGCCACCUGCUCGGAAUCCGAUUCUUGUGGCCUAUGAUAAUAUAUCCGCGUCCGCCUAUGUGCUUAAGGUGAUUCAGCGAAUACCUCGGGCGGCACUGGAGGACGCUCUACUGGUAUUACCUUUCGCGCAGGUGACCAUGAUGUUGACUCACAUUAAUUACUGGGCUAAAAAGGGCUGCUCCACGUCACUCGUCUGUCGAAUCUUGUCAUUUUUGAUUCGUACUCACGAAACACAAAUCACGGUCACCGCCAGUCUCAAAUUGAUGAUAGAUUCGAUCAAAACAAAUAUGACUAGGAGCCUCAAGAAACACGCUGAUAUGGUAGCUUACAAUGUCGAGGCCAUCCGAUUUGUAAAACAGGCCAUCGAACUGGAACAAAAGGAGAGAGAAUUUGUGGAUAUCGAUUUAAGGCCUGAGCAAGAAGUUAGAAAGCUAAUCAAGGACAAACAUAUGGUCAAGAAACGGAAAGUAGUUUUGUAA